ACAAGCACUAUCACUGGAACCACGUCAAGAUGCUCCGCCUGCAGCAUCGGUUGCGCGCUUCUCCUGGCCACCUGCGGCGUUUUCAGCACACAGCGGCCUCGGCUUCAUCUUCGCCGGCGUCUUCUUCCACUACCUCCAAUUCCACGGGCUCUGAUUCGAGCUCUGGCACUGGCGGUAGUGGGGAGGAGCCACCCAAGUACAAACCUGGCUGGUUCAGCCGCAACCCGGGUGUGACGCUGGGCGGCAUCCUGUUGGGUAUCGGUUUCUACAUUUACCGUGGCUCGCGCGGCAAGAAGAACUUCGAGGCCCUGCAGAAUCCCAUUGCAGAGGCGGCCGUCAUCUCGCCCUACGAGGCUUGGGAACUGCGGUCCAGUAACAAUAUCACACCCACGGUUUUUGAGGAUGUGCGGGCCGGUGUGACCAGGGCUUUUCCGGCCGGCAAGGCCACGAUGCAGCACUUUGACCAAUAUCUGGGCUUCAAGCUGGGACAGGCCUGUCCGACGGGAGUGAGCAAAGCUUACCACUUGGAGCGACUGCUGCUGAGUCUCGAGACGGACGCAGACCGCAAGAGCGACGUGGACGCGCAGAUGGUGGCGUUCUCUAUGGCAGUUAAGGGCGCUGUGGAUGAGCGCCUGCGGAUCCUGUUCAACUUGGCCACGAACGCGCCGGCGGGUGAAGCGCUGAGCACGAAUGAGGACGAGAAGAAGGAGGAGAGCGACACUCGCGAGAUGACCCAGGAGCAGCUAAAGCGCCUACUACAUCUGCUACUGGAGACGUACCAGAUCCCGUCCGAGAAGCGCGUACUGGCCGUGGAAGACGCCAAGUACCCGUUCCAGGAGUACAUCGCAGCGACACCGUCUGACAUGCUCAAGUCGGCGGUGCAGGCGCAGGUAAAGGACAAGAAGAUCACGGAAGAGGAGGCGUGUGACCGCCAGGCGUACACGUUCGAGGCCUUCUCACAGAUCAUGCGGGGCAAGACUGUGUGUCUCUGGGGCGAGUGCUUCUCCAACAGCAAGAAGAAGAUGAAGAACUAGGCUAGGCAGACUAGACUCUGUUCCACAAUACAGACCUUUAGGGCACACUACUCGAUGGUCCAGACCUCGC